AUUGGAGAUAAGAGUCUCACAGCUUUUUCUGCCCAGGCUGGCUUCCGAUUGUGAUUCUCAGAUCUCAGGCUCUUGACCAGCUAGGGUUACAGCCAUGAGCCAUCAGUGCCCAGUUUAUUUUGCUCUUAAACUUUUAGCUGGUCUUUAGAUAUCUGACGGCAAAGAUGUUUUCUACUUCCAGUCACUCUUACUUCAGAAUCAUAAGCUCUUUGGCUCUGUGAAAGGUGCUAGUCCUUUCUAGGCCAGUUCCAUCAACUAUGGUAAUUUUUUUUUCUUCUGGAUCCGUUCUCUCUGCACAGUAGUUGGGCAUACCUAAUUUAGAUAUUCCCACCAUUUGUUAAGAUGGAGAUUUAGGGCAAAUCACUUAACCUCUGGGCUUUGGCUACUCCAGCUGUAAAAUGGGGAUGGCGGCCAGGUACUGAUGGCUCACUGAAAUCUUAACUAUUCACGAGGCUAAGAUCUGAGCCAGCCCCAGCUGAUAUAUCCAAGAGACUCUCAUCUCCAAUUAACCAGCAAAAAUCCCGAAGUGGAAAGAGGAUAGAGUAGCAGCCUUGAGCAGAAAAAGCAGAGUGUGAAGCCCAGCGUUCAAGCCCCACUAUCAACACCCGCCCACACAGUGGGGAAUGGCACUUUCCCCCUGGGGCUACUGUAGAGACAAGCUGGUAACACAUCACUGAUCCGAGAUCUCCGGUUAGGAAGUCCUCUCCCUUCCCUCGGCCCUUGGGGGUGGUUGCUAUUGCUGAGCGCAGAGCCAUCAGGCACCCAUUGAAGAUCAAUCCUUCCACAGCCAUCUCCUCAGAAGGGAACUACUCAUUCCCAAAGGUUUUGGGGACCACAACAACUCCGAUGCGUGGAUCCCUCGCGUGGGUAGCGGCCCUCUGGUUGGGUAGGGAUUGCAAUCCCCGCAACUCCGGGGUGCACAGCUGGCGGCAGGUGCGUGGGCCGGAGCCCGGCGGGGCGGGGCCGCUCGCAUUCAUUCCUCGCCACUCCCCGCCGGGGCUGGGGGUUGCCUGUGGACAAUCCGAUCCCCGUGGGACUCGGCGGCGGGCCUCACUGCGGCUUGGCGGAUUGGCUGAGUGUCCCAGCUCCCCCUCCCCGCCCUCGGUACCCCCCCUCCCCGCGUCCCAGGUGGCUCAGGCCCCGGUGGUGAUCUCUGUUUACGGAGAGAGCCCGUCCAAGUUGGGCUCUAUCUCUGCAUUCGCUCCUCUCCCGGGCCCUGCCCGCCCGGGAAGCGGGGAGAAAAACCCGGCUGAAUCCGUCCUCGCCCUUCCCUUCCUCCCAACUCCCGGAGCGAUCGGACGGCGAUGACCCCCAAGCUGGCCAGACCCCCUGACGGGGGCUGGGGCUGGGUGGUGGCGGCCUCGGCCUUCGCGGUGAACGGCCUCUCCUACGGGCUCCUGCGCUCUCUGGGCCUGGCCCUCCCUGACCUCGCCGAGCACUUUGACCGGAGCGCCCAGGACACUGCGUGGGUCAGCGCCCUGGCCUUGGCCGUGCAACAGGCAGCCAGCCCAGUAGGCAGCGCUCUGAGCACACGCUGGGGGGCGCGCCCCGUGGUGAUGAUAGGGGGCGUCCUGACUUCGCUCGGCUUCUUCUUCUCGGCGUUUGCCAGAAGCCUGCUGCACCUUUACCUGGGCCUGGGCCUCCUCGCUGGCUCCGGCUGGGCCCUGGUGUUCGCCCCUGCCCUCGGCACCCUGUCACGGUACUUCUCCCGCCGUCGGGUCUUGGCGGUGGGGCUGGCGCUCACGGGUAACGGGGUGUCCUCGCUGGUCCUGGCACCCGCUUUGCAGCUCCUUCUGGAUACUUUCGGCUGGCGGGGCGCGCUGCUCCUUCUUGGCGCGGUCACCCUCCACCUCACCCCCUGUGGCGCCCUGCUGCGACCCCUGGCUCUCACUGGUGACCCCCCGGCCCCACCCCGCAGCCCCCUAGCUGCCCUCGGCCUGAGUCUCUUCAAGCGCCGGGCCUUUUCAAUCUUUGCCCUGGGCACAGCCUUGAUUGGGGGUGGGUACUUUGUCCCCUACGUGCACUUAGCCCCCCACGCUUUAGAUCGGGGUCUGGGAGGGUACGGGGCAGCGCUGGUGGUGGCUGUCGCUGCAGUGGGGGACGCCAGCGCCCGGCUGGUCUGCGGGUGGCUGGCAGACCAGGGCUGGGUACCUCUCCCGCGGCUGCUGGCCGUGUUCGGGGGUCUGACCGGGCUGGGGCUCUUGGCGGUGGGACUGGUGCCCGCGGUGGGGAGCGAGGACAGCUGGGGGGGACCCCUGCUGGCCGCAGCUGGGGCCUACGGGCUGAGUGCUGGAAGUUACGCCCCGCUGGUUUUUGGUGUGCUUCCGGGGCUGGUGGGCAUCGGAGGUGUGGUGCAGGCCACUGGACUGGUGAUGAUGCUGAUGAGCCUCGGGGGACUCCUAGGCCCCCCCCUCUCAGGUUUCCUAAGGGAUGAGACUGGAGACUUCGGAGCCUCUUUCCUAGUGUGCGGAUCUUUCAUCCUUUCUGGCAGCUUCAUCUACAUGGGGCUGCCUAGGGCCAUCCCCACUUGCCGUCCAGCCUCACCUCCACCCACCCCCCCUCCUGAGAGAGGGGAGCUACUGCCAGUGUCCCAGGCCGUUAUGCUCUCCCCAAAAGGCAUGGGCUCCACUCGGGAUACAACUUGUUGAUCAUCUCCUUGUUCAAGCCCAUCCCCCAAUAAAGAAUUUUUAU